UCUAUUCAAUUGAUAAUGUUGGAUUGUUCUCUUGUUCUUUUCAAGCCUUUUUCCUACUCCAUAUUUACAACUUUUUGCAAUUUUUUGUAACGUAUACUUUCAAAAAACACUAUUCAAUCUGGGCAUCCACUCAGCACAGUAUAUAUCACCAUAUACAGCAAAAAUAAAGAGAAAAUGAAACUUUCAAUUCAUCUCAUUCUUCUCUUUACUUUAAUAAUAUCUCAAGCUAUCAGCUCUAUACAGUCUGAACUUUUAAAUAAUGUCUCUCACGUAUUGAACGGUAUUUCAGACCAAAAAUCAGAUUCAACAACCCAUGCAGCAGACAAUAGCAACAAUAAUAUCAAUAGUAAUGCCAACGCAUCGCCUUCUGCAUCCCCUCAAACGCAAUCAUCUUCUCCUGCGACACCUUCUCCAGCACCACCUCCACCAUCAUCAUCAACCAGUGCAGUAUCGCCUGUAACUUCUUCAAAACCGGAGCCAUCGCCUGUAUCAUCUACGACCCCAUCUUCUGCGGAGAAGCCUCAAAUUGUUUCUACCACACCUCAAAAUUCACCUGAGCCCAACACAGAUAAAGGAUCAAGCACACAUGCAUCGAAUAAUAAUCCUUCAACUGCUAAUACACAUACUUCUUCUAAUGAUAAGCCAGUGACGCCUAAUAAUGAAAAUACGCAUACAUCGAAUUCCCCAUCUCCAGCUGUGUCAUCUUCUUCCUCUUCAUCACCUACAAAUCUAUCAAGCGCUAGCUCUAAAUCUAAAAGUAACAAAAGCUCUACAAUAUCGGAAGACACAACAGCAGCAACCGAUACAAACGUCCCUUCCGCUACUAAUAAUGUUAACCGUUCAGUAUCAGCGAGCAAUAACAGUAGUCCCUCUGGAAAUAAGACAAGUGUGAUUGUAGGUGCAGUUGUUGGGAGUAUCUGUAAGUAGGGAAAGAUAUAUACUUAAAAACAUCGUUGUGUUAUUCCUAACUCCCUAUUUACGGAAAUCUUACUUUUAUAAUCUUGAACUCCUCCUUACGGCUUAAAAUCAGUUGGAAUUGCUUUGAUUGGUGGU